AUGCAUCAUUACUUGUUUGUUAAUGCGAAUUUCGACCGUUGUGUUAUUUGUGAAAUGGCAAAAUUCUUAAAGACGGUUUAUAAUGCUCAUAAAAAUUUGAAAAUUGCCGUUGUUUCGAUGACAUUUUGUAUUUUUUCAUAUAAUGUUUAUCAAACUAUUAAUAUUUUCAAGAUGGAGCGUAAUGAAUAUGAAAGAAUAACAGAAAAAUUGGAGUUCAUAGAAAGUGGGCAAAAUUGUACAAUGCCAACGGCCAAAGGCAUUUUGUCAUGCAAGCAGAUAGAAGCCGAUGUCUAUAAGAAAUUUGGCUAUCGACUUAUAGAUUAUAAAUUACCUAUUCCUACAGUAAAACGAACGAUAUCGCAAACAUGUGACGAAGUGUUUUCAGAAUGGUUGUCUGUCGCACUAACUCAUGACGAAAAGUUUAAACCGAUUUCAGAAAUACCGCCUAAUCUCUGGAAUGACUUCACCAUGAACAAUCACAGUGUGGUUGAGAACUGGUAUUUUGAUAGCAGAUCACCAAAUGAAGAUAUUUCUUGGAAUGGGACAGAAAUCAAAAUUAAAGUAAAAUCCCACCCGCUCUCAACGACGAAUUACGGUGAUCAAGGAGGAGCAGUGCACUGGGCAACAUUACUACACAGCGUUAAUGAUUUAACGGGGAUAGUAAUUGGAUCGUAUACCAGUUGGGUUGAAACUAUAUGCCUUCGAAAUGGAGCUAAAAAAGUUUACACUGUUGAUUAUCAUAAAAUAAUUUCUAAUCACCCUCAACAUUCAUUUUAUCAUGCUUUGGAAAUGGCAAAACGAUGGAAACAGUUUUUUGAGAAGAUUGAUUUUGUAGUGACAUUUUCAAGCUUGGAACAUAGUGGACUUGGACGUUAUGGAGACCCUAUCGAUCCAUUUGGUGAUAUUCGAGAAGUUCAAAAAAUGCGUUGCUUAUUAAAACAAGGCGGACUACUACAUCUUGGCAUUCCGACAGGACAAGAUGCGCUUAUCUUUAAUGCUCAUCGAGUAUAUGGUCGGUUAAGAUUAGCUAUGCUUUUCGAAGGGUUUCAACUCAUUGAUGCAUUUCUUGGAAACUUUCGCUAUUCAUUUCCUAUGAGUGCAAAUAUAUUUGAAGAUAAAAUUGACCUUUCUAAAACCGAGCAAAUUGUUUAUGUUCUUAAAAAAAUCUAA